AUGCCAUGGACAUUAUAUAAGAGUCCUACUGUGCGAAUUGGGCUUAGGUUUCUGUCAAAUACCAGAAAAUCCGUUUCCGUCGUAGGGUCCGGCCCGUCAGGCUUUUAUACGGUGUGCAGGCUGCUGGCUAAGUCAGAAGUACCAUUGAAUGUCACCCUGUGGGAGAAAUUGCCCGUACCGUUCGGGCUUAGUAGAUACGGUGUGGCUCCGGAUCAUCCUGAAGUUAAAAAUUGCGAAGAUACUUUUAGCCGAUGUGCCCAGGAAUUUGGAGCCAGCAGUGGCGCUCGACACACAUUCAAGUUUAUGGGCAACGUAAGCAUCGGCAAAGACUUGAAACUGAGAGAUCUCUUGGACACACAAGAUGCUGUCAUUCUCAGCUACGGCUGCAGUGGUGACCACAAGCUGGGUAUUCCUGGCGAAGAUUCCACUUCAGGUGUGUUCACCAGUCGCGAGUUUGUGAGUUGGUAUAAUGGACACCCCGAAUUUGCUGGCGAAAACGAUAAGCUAACCUCUUUCCCCUGGUCCAAAGUGCGUAAUGUGGGUAUUAUUGGCAACGGGAACGUUGCACUUGAUAUUGCUCGAGUGCUACUGAGUAACAAUAUCCCGCAACUGUGGUCCUCUACAGAUAUAAAUCCGGUAGCGCUUAAGGCGCUCAAUCAGGCGCCCAUUGAAACUGUGAAAAUGAUUGCACGUCGGGACUUUUCUCACAGCAAAUUCACGAAUAAGGAAUUCAGAGAAUUGUGGGAACUCGAGAGAUACGGCAUCCAGGGAAUUAUAAAAUCAGAAUUCUUCAAGCUGGAAGAUUUGGACAUGGAAAACGCCGAUAGGGUCUUUAAACGCCGUGUUGAGAUGAUAUCCGAGUAUUCUUUGCCAUUUAAUCAACGCACCAAGAAAAAUUACAAAAAGCAUCACCCUCCUGAGAGUGGCCCCACCAAAACCUGGGAAAUGGACUACUUGAAAACGCCUUUGGCUAUUAACAGUAAUUCUCAAGGUGACCUAGAGUCGUUGACACUGUGUCGCAACAGUUUGUCUCCAAGUAGUAGAGUCGAGCAGCAUUCGAGCGAGACCUUAACGUAUAACGUGGACGUCCUUAUUACAUCGCUUGGAUAUGGCAGUAGUCCACUGCAUGAGUUUGGCCCACUCCAAAUCGGAUUCGUCAAAAAUCGCGUGGCGAAUGCCAAUGGCCACGUUCUGGACACCAACGGCGGAAUUGUCCCGGGAUUAUACGCCUCGGGUUGGAUUCGUAAGGGAAGUAGUGGUGUGAUUGCGUCAACAAUGUCGGAUGCCUUCGAAGUAGCUGAUGCUGUUAUGGCAGACCUCGAGUCAGGGUCGCCACCGAAAGCCAGGGAACUGAAAACGCAAGGACUCAAUUAUACUACAUGGGAAGAUUGGGAAAUAAUAGAUAAAGAAGAGAAAAGAAGAGGCAUGCAGCAUAGCAAGCCAAGACAAAAGUUUUUGUCAGUAUCUGAAAUGUUGAGCUUUGUCAAAAAGUAG